UUUAGUUAUGUUUUGAGUUGCGGACUGAGUAUUUCUUGUCCACAACUUAAUCAAAUGAAAAGGUUUGAAAUUGUUGUUGUAAAUUAAAAUUGCAAAGAUGUAAGUAAUAUACCAGCGAAGAUAUUAAAUGAUUGUUUGUUAUAUGUGUGCAAAAUGUGUGAUGAAAUUAUGAAUAAUUGCCAUCUGGCGUCUGAUGUUCUUAUCGGAAAAAUGAUGUAAAUGCUACAAAACGUUUGCAAUCUUUAACAUAACAAAUAUAAGUGAUUCUAUCAACUCGUUAUUUGUUGGCGCAGUGUAUUAUUUAAAAAUUAUAAAAAAUUCUGUGUUCUUUUUUUUUAAAUUCUGAUACUAAUUAAAAAAUAUCAAGUAAUAUUUUAAUCGAAUAAAUAUUUAAGCUGAGUUCCUUCAAAGAUGAAAGCUGAUAAAUUGGCGCCUAAUCCGCGCGAGAAUGCAAAUUGUAUAUCGGCUUUAAUGUUUUGCUUUGCACUGCCUAUAUUGUUUAAGGGAAGGAAAACUACAUUGGGACCCAAUGAUCUAUAUGAUGUGCUCAGCGAGCAUAAAGGAGAAAAACUAGGAGAGAGAUUAUUUCAAGCUUGGCAGGAUGAGGUCAAGAAGAAUAGACGUAAUCCAAAUAAUGGCAUGCUUAGAGUAAUAUUGAAGGUUUUUGGCUGGGAAUUGGUACUAUCUGGCUUUGUUAUUGGUGGACUCGAAUUGGGAUUGAGAGCAACUAUGCCACUUCUUUUGGCGGGGCUAAUAUCGGAGUUUGCCACAAAUGGAAAUGGAAACAGUCUCAAUGCUCAGAUUUAUGGAGCCGUCUUGGUGACCUUUAUAGUAAUGGGUGUGCUUCUCUUCCAUCCCUUCAUGAUGCACAUGAUGCAUCUGGCGAUGAAAAUGAGAGUCGCUGUCAGCUGUGCCAUUUAUCGCAAGGCUCUUCGUUUGAGCCGUACCGCACUUGGAGGCACAACAACGGGGCAGGUGGUGAAUCUGGUGUCCAAUGAUCUGGGUCGUUUUGAUCGUGCCUUGAUUCACCUCCACUUUCUAUGGCUGGGACCACUGGAGCUGUUGUUUGCCUCGUACUUUCUCUAUCAACAAAUCGGAGUCGCCUCCUUUUAUGGCAUUGCCAUCCUGUUGCUCUACCUGCCUCUCCAGACGUAUCUCAGCAGAUUGACCUCAGCUCUAAGACUGAAGACUGCUCUUCGAACAGAUCAAAGGGUGAGGAUGAUGAACGAGAUCAUAGCUGGGAUUCAGGUGAUUAAGAUGUAUGCCUGGGAGAUGCCCUUCGAGAAACUGAUUUCCAGCACACGAGCCAGCGAGAUGAGAGUCAUCAGAAAAGUGAAUUACAUACGAGGAGUACUGCUUUCCUUUGAGAUUACGCUGGGUAGAGUCGCAAUCUUCUCCAGCCUCUUGGCCUUCGUGCUCACAGGAGGACAAUUGACAGCAGAGAGAGCAUUUUGUGUGACGGCCUUUUACAACAUCUUACGUCGGACAGUGAGCAAAUUCUUUCCCAGUGGCAUGUCCCAGGUGGCCGAAUUAUUGGUAUCCUUGAAAAGGAUAACACAGUUCAUGCUACGGGAAGAGACUGAUGCCUUUAUGCUAGACCAAGAAGAGGAAGAGGACAAGAAUGAAGCUGAGGAGAAUAAUCAUUUAAGGAAUGGCAAGCAGCCCUUGUCCUCCGCCAGCUUUACUGAUAUCGUCGUUGAAAUCAAGGAUCUGAGAGCACGUUGGAAUGUGGAGCACACUGAUCCCAUUUUGGACGAUAUUAAUAUAAGGCUGCAGCGACAACAGCUCGUAGCAGUCAUAGGGCUUCUUGGCGAGCUUCGUGCGGAGACAGGAAAGUUGCUGCUUAUGCGUGCCACUGACAAGCAACGCUAUCGAACUGUAGUCAAGAUGUGCGCUCUGGAACGGGACUUUGAGCUGUUGGAUCAGGGAGACAAGACAAUUGUCGGAGAGCGUGGAGCAUCUCUCUCUGGAGGGCAGAGGGCCCGCAUAAGUCUGGCACGUGCUGUCUACCGAAAGGCGGAUGUCUACCUCCUCGAUGAUCCUCUCAGCGCCGUCGACACCCAUGUGGGACGUCAUCUCUUCGAGCAAUGUAUGCGAGGAUUUCUACGCAAUCAGCUCGUCAUCUUGGUCACACAUCAACUGCAGUAUCUGGAGCACGCCGACCAGAUUGUCAUCAUGGACAACGGUAAGGUAACGGACAUUGGCACCUACGAACAUAUGCUCAAGAGUGGCCAGGACUUUGCCCAGCUCCUUACCCAGCAAACACCAGAAGAGACUGAAGAGGAGGUUAAGGACCCGCAGGCUGCUGGAGAUUAUAAUGGAAAAGCCACGUCGUAUUCCCGCAACAAUAGUGUGGAGAGUCGGGAUAGUGUCUCCUCCAUGGGUUCAAGUGUUGCCGACUCACUGAUUGCCCAAGAGAAGCCCAAGGAAGUUCAGGAAUCUAGAUCUGCAGGGAAAAUUGGCUGGGACAUGUAUCAGAAAUACUUUGCCGCCGGUUGCAGUUGGUUCGUGUUCCUCUUGGUUGUAUUCUUGUGCAUUGGCACGCAGGUGAUGGCCUCUUGGGGAGAUUACUUUCUGUCCUACUGGGUUAAGAAUAACUCCUCCGCCUCUCUGGAUAUUUAUUACUUUGCCGCCAUCAAUAUAGCGUUGAUUGUGUUUGCCUUAUUACGUACGAUUCUGUUCUUCAGUGUGUCCAUGCAUGCCUCGACUCAACUGCAUAACUCCAUGUUCCGGGGGAUUACACAUGCUGCCAUGUAUUUCUUCAACACAAAUCCUUCGGGAAGGAUAUUAAAUCGUUUCGCGAUGGACCUGGGACAGGUGGAUGAAGUAUUGCCCGCCGUAAUGCUGGACUGUAUACAGAUCUUCCUGACUUUGACAGGGAUUAUAACUGUUUUGUGUAUUUCGAAUCCUUGGUAUCUAAUCAAUACCUUCGCCAUGCUCUUAUCCUUUUACUAUAUACGUGAUUUUUACCUGAGUACGUCACGUGAUGUAAAAAGACUGGAGGCUGUUGCUCGUUCUCCGAUGUACUCCCAUUUUGGAGGCACUCUGAAUGGUCUUCCCACGAUAAGAGCGAUGAGGGCGCAGAGAAUGUUAAUUUCGGAAUAUGAUCAUUAUCAGGAUAAUCAUUCCAUUGGUUAUUACACAUUUCUCUCGACUAGUCGAGCCUUUGGCUACUAUCUGGAUCUUUUCUGCGUCGUUUAUGUUCUCAUCAUUAUUUUAAAUAACUUUUUCAAUCCUCCCGAGAAUCCAGGACAAAUUGGCUUGGCGAUUACACAGGCCAUGUCCAUGACUGGGAUGGUGCAAUGGGGCAUGCGACAGUCUGCUGAACUGGAGAAUUCUAUGACCUCCGUAGAGCGCGUGAUUGAGUAUAGGAACUUAAAAGCGGAAGGAGAGUUUACAUCAGCUGCUGGAAAGAAACCAACGUUAAAUUGGCCAGAAGAUGGGGAAAUUGUAGCUGAUGAUUUGAGUCUACGAUAUGUGCCAGAUCCUCAAUCUCCCUAUGUACUUAAAUCUCUCAACUUUAUUAUCCAACCAUGUGAAAAAGUCGGUAUUGUGGGACGCACUGGAGCAGGAAAAUCCUCAUUGAUAAAUGCACUAUUCCGUCUAUCUUAUAACGAUGGUUCUAUCUUGAUCGACAAACGCGAUACAGAAGAAUUGGGCUUACAUGAUCUGCGAAGUAAAAUUUCGAUUAUACCCCAAGAGCCCGUACUUUUCUCUGGCACGAUACGAUAUAAUUUAGAUCCAUUUGAACAAUAUGCGGACGAGAAAUUGUGGCAGGCUCUUGAUGAGGUUCAUCUAAAAGAGGAUAUAUUCGAGUUGCCAAUGGGACUGCAGAGUACCAUUUCCGAGGGUGGCUCAAAUUUCAGCGUGGGUCAACGACAACUCCUAUGUCUGGCACGUGCCAUUCUCCGGGAGAAUCGAAUUCUCGUUAUGGAUGAGGCCACCGCCAAUGUGGAUCCACAAACUGAUGCACUUAUUCAGACCACCAUCAGAAAUAAGUUCAAGGACUGCACGGUACUGACAAUAGCUCAUCGGCUACACACUAUUAUGGAUUCAGAUAAGGUAAUGGUAUUGGAUGCUGGUCACAUUAUUGAAUUCGCCGCACCUUAUGAACUUUUAACGGGAUCCCAAAGCAGUGUUUUCUAUAGCAUGGUUAUGCAGACGGGAAAGACAACAUUCGAGCACCUUUUGAAAAUAGCAGAGCAGGCCUAUGAAAACAACAAACUCGAUUAGUCGGAGUAGUUAACGGAUGAUAAUUUUGUAAAGAAUAACCAUAUAUUUUUAUAUAGAAACUCUUAUACUAUUGCUGGAAUGCAUUUACUAGUUAAUAAUUUGAAACAGCAAAAUAUUUUUCAAGUGUCCAGGUAGCUUGGAGGAUACAACGAUACACAACUAUUUAUUGUUCUAAAUAAAACAACUAAAGAAAUCGAA